AUGCCACCUACCUUCUCUAAACACGCCCGGCUCGUGUUCCGGCAGCACGCUGUCUUCAAAAAUCACCGAUCUCGACUCUUCUCCUCAAGCCGGACCUCCUACAAGCAACAGGGCCAGCACCGUAAGUCCUCCUUCAGCUCUCGGUUACGAGAUGCCCUUGCCGCCACUCCUGUAAUAUGGAAGCCGAUCCCCAUCGGACUGGGCAUUGCGUUCUUGGGGGUUUUCCAGUUCUACCGCAUUCAAGAACGGGAAAGACGCAGGGAGGAGGAAGAAUGGAGGCAGACCAAAGGCGAAGAAGACGAUGAGUUUGACUGGGGAGACCUAGGCCAGCCCAAGAAGAGACCGCGAAUACGACCUAGCGGGCCAUGGUCGGUUCAGAUCAUGAGCACGAUACCACUUAAGGCCGUGUCAAGAUGGUGGGGCUGGUUUAACAGCAUUGACAUCCCAUAUUACUUUCGGAUACCGGGGUUCAAACUAUAUGGAUACGUCUUUGGGGUCAACUUUGAUGAGAUCGAUGAGCCGGACCUACACAAGUUUCGAAAUCUGUCCGAAUUCUUCUACCGAACCCUUAAGCCUGGCGUCAGACCGCUGGAUCCAAACCCGGACGCGCUUCUUUCCCCUGCAGACGGAAAGGUGGUACAAUUUGGAGUAAUCGAACAUGGCGAGGUUGAGCAGGUCAAGGGGGUGACUUACAGCGUUGAUGCGCUCCUUGGAACCACGCCUUCAGCUGGAUCGGCGCCGAACAGCAAUGUCGCAGGCCUGAAGGAUUCUCCACACCCGUCGGAUGCAAGAGGGAGAGAGGGAGACUCAGAGACAAUUCGCGCUGAUGAAGAGUUCGCGCGUGUGAAUGGCAUCUCCUACACGCUUCCCAACCUCUUCUCUGGUUCUGCUCCUGGCCGCAAAGGUCGUAGUUGGUGGAAAAUCCGAGAUCCAGAGAACGCCGACCCUAGUGUUCGAGAAGGAGGCUCAACAACUGUGCCUCUAUCUGAUCAGUCGACCAAAUCAUCAUCAUCCUCGGAGCAGGAAGUCUCGAGAGAUCUUGCCGAGUCGCCAAAUGCGCCACGACCCUGGUAUUAUCCACCAGCUAAGGAGGUGCCUACUGCUCUCUACUACUGUGUCAUCUAUCUGGCACCAGGCGACUACCACCGCUUCCACUCUCCUGUCUCUUGGGUUGUCGAGAGCAGACGGCAUUUCGCUGGAGAGCUGUACAGCGUUAGCCCUUUCCUCGUGAAGAACCUGCCUGGCCUCUUCACUCUCAAUGAACGAGUUUGUCUCUUGGGUCGAUGGAAAUAUGGCUUCUUCAGCUACACUCCUGUUGGCGCCACCAACGUCGGCUCGAUCGUCAUCAACUUCGAUCGCGAAUUGCGUACAAACAGUCUGCUCACGGACACACUCGCGGAUAAGGCGGCCGAAGAGGCAGCAGAGCGAGGCGAGCCAUAUUCAGGAUACGCCGAGGCGACAUACACCUCAGCUUCGCCCGUACUGGGAGGCCAUCCACUUAAAAGAGGAGAAGAGAUGGGAGGAUUUCAAUUGGGCAGUACCAUCGUCAUGGUCUUUGAGGCGCCCAAGGGUCUUAGGCCUUCCUUUGACGAGGGUUUCAGGGGUGACGGUACAGAAAGGAAGGGUGGCUUUAGGUGGUGUAUCGAAAGAGGAAAGAAGGUUAAGGUCGGGGAGAAGUUGGGAUAUGUGGAGAGUACAGAGGAAUCAUGA